CUACGACUGCCCAGCAUGCAUGCUCCAAUCAAAGCAGCAUUGUAUUACUACUACUGACUAUUGCACAGCCUUCUCUCACACUCAAGCAUUUCCUUCUUUCCCAGUUUUCGCCUUUGUGGCGGCGACAGUCCUUUGGCUCUCAUGGCACGAAUGCUCAUGCUUAUCGUGGUGAUAUGAGCCUGUUUCUCAUAAUAUGAUUUGAUUAUUCGAUCAGUAAUUAUUUGAAUUCCACCAACUCAUAUACAAUGCCACUUCUUCAUCGUGAACCGUUUGUGCCUUCUCAGCCACCAGCUGAUCUCGAUCCUGACGAGGAAGUCUUUGUUUGUCAAUUCACCAAGGAGGCAUUCCGAGAUUACGAAUCGUUCUUCGACCGUACAGUUCUUUGCAACAGCCUUGUGUGGACCUGCGAGUACACUGGUCGUACCGGCUUGACUUAUCAAGAAGCUGUGGAACGAGAGGAACGAUGUAUUCAGAAGCUGAGUGCAUUUCCAGCUGCCCUGCAUUUUCCAGUUCUUCUGUUUGCAAAUCGGCUUUAUCACACCAGCAUCUCGUCGUUGGCUCAAGCAACUAUAGCAUACUUCCGCGAUCAUUUCAUGGAUCAUGAGGUUGUUGCAGUGGAAUGUCAUGAUAACAGGGGGGCGUAUCAUCGAGUCGGUGAGAUAGUCCAGGUUUCCUUCUGUGGUGGAGAGGAUGUGCCUAAUGACUGCCCGUCAUCCCCACCACCGUUGGUACCGUCGGUCAAGCUAAAAGACAGUGGUCACAGCAAACAUCAUCGUGCUGAUGGUGUUGCUGCCGACUGGCGAGGCUCUCAUCAUCAUCGCUCCAGCAGCAGUAGUGGAGGAGGUGACGAUCACCACCACCGCUCCGCGUUCCAUAGGGCCGGUAGCCGAGCAGGACCACCCAAGUCACGUGAUGGUAGUGUUACUUGUGACGCCAGUGAUUUCCUGUACAAAAUCCGUUUCUUAGAUCACCACUCGCUGUCCACGAUGAGUACUAAGUUCACAGUUCUGUCGCGACACAGUGGACCAAUUCGCAAAGAUCUUCUAGAGCUAUUUUUCCGGAAGCACAUGGCACCCUUGAAUGGCUCGGGUCCUCUCACAGUCUUAAAUCCCGUUGUCAAUGGCAUGGACAUUCGCCGACCACCUGUAGCGCGUUAUGUGCAGAUCACAACGCUCAUGCCCUUGUCCAGCAAUCAGGUUGCUACGCGGCAGCCUAGCGACCUGGCGACAGCGCACCAACCGCAACCACAGCUCUAUGAUAGGUCGGCGUCUCCGCAGCGCAACGACAGGGGUGCAUUGCAGCAAGACACUGGCCACUUGCCACCAUCAGCGCAUCCGGACGAGAGGUCCAUGAUGGCGGGGAAACGUAGGUCUGCUGAGGAUGAACUGUCAAUGAUGCAUGGCAAGCGGCGAAGAGAAGAAUCAUAUUCAUCCGAAACAGAUGCAAAUUCUCACAGUAGGCGGCAAAUGGUGAGUGGCAGGGAAUAUGCAUGGCGCCAAAAGGAUGGCACGCCUGCACAUGCCCGCGGGAGCUCUCCGUCGCAUGGCAUGCAGGACACAUACGGCCAGCAUCAUUCAAACCCCAGGCACGAGGCAUAUCAGAGCCACCGUGGUGGCCACAACCGGUCAUUGUCUUAUCCCCAGACUCAACCAAGAAACAACCAAUCGGAUCGGCAAGAGCAGCUUUUAGCAGCAGAGAACUUGAUCAAGGACCAGGAACGGGAGCUGCACAUGAUGCAAAUGAAACUGAAGGAAAAGCAACAAGAACAAGAGCAAGAGAGAAUAGAGAAACUCCGUGCUGAGCGGCAGAAAGAACAGGAAAGGAAGCGGGCUGAGCAUCUUGCUCGUGUGGAGUGGAAGCGACCUCGAGAUGAUCUUCUGUGUGACGAUCUCAAGCCUCUUCCAGCAUCUGAGUCAGUGACUAGUAAGCUGCCGGUGGAGCUUGUUGGAGAUGCGUUGAUGCUGUGCGAGUUCAUCACUGCUUUCUCUCACAUCUUUACAUCUGCUGAGCAUGCCUCAGCCCUGCGUGAGAUCUCGCUGGGUACUGUUGAGUCAGCUCUAUGCGAUUAUGAACUGGACGGUCCACUUCUGACUCUGUUGCAGUUCUUGCUUGGGGCUGUGUUCCAAACACAAGAAAUGCUUGAGGCAGACGAGGCCAAGCAUGGUGUGUUUGCAACGAGUGGUGCCUCCUCUAAUGCGCAGGUGCUUGCCGGAGAGGGCGUGACCGAUGGCAGUGCCACACACAUGGCCAAGUGGUGCCUUCAGCAUCAUGGCAUACGGCUGCGUGACCAUGAAAUCACGGCGCUCACUGUCAGCGAGAUGUUGCGUAUGCACCUACUGGCUGUUGGCGGUAACUGCACAGGGUCGGGAUAUAUACACCGCUCUCCCAUUAGCAACUGGCAGCGGGGAGGUGGAUUCUCCACCAUGGACGACGCGUGUGUCACGGUGCGCUCUGAACAUCCGGGAAUCAUUCGCCGCUUGCUCGGUGCGUCUGUUGUGGAGCUGAGCGCCAAGGAGAGGUGCAUUGUAAUGACAACACUCUGCCAGCACCUGGUUGUAACACUGUCCAUCCGGGACUGUGUGGAAGAGUCAUUCACCUCCUGGCGCCGUGCCCGGCAGGCCUGGAAAGAUAGCCAACAGUCGAUCGAGCGGCUUAAGCGCUCUGAGGCAGCAGUACCAGCCGCAUCUAGUCUUGCUUCUACUAGUGAAUUUUCAUCUUUGAAGCCAACACCUAGUACUGACGAACCAACAUCACGUGAUGCCGUUGCUAGCAUCAAGAGGGAGGAUUCUCUUGUUGACAGUGGCGCCGUCACUCCUGAUCCGUCAGCACCUGAGCCGAUGGACUCCAGUGAAACAGUGCCAGGAUUGAAUGUGCCUGGUAAAGUGGAUGAGGAUUCGCUUGACGCGUCUGCUGCCUCACCGGAUGUUUUAGACUGCCAGUCAACAGCCAGCGGUACUGCAAGUCAACAGCACACACCUAGAUUGGAAGCUGGCGACAGUCCGCAAUCAUCAUCUUCGCCGUGCAUUGUCAAGACUCAUGGUGAAGCUACAUCUGCAGAGAGCACACAUUCCCCAUCAUCAUCACAGCCAGAUGCUGCCGAAAAUGAAGUAGCCAAAGCUGAGAAGAUCCGUGCAGCACUGCGAGAGCACAUUGCCGAGCAGGAGAAGCAGCGUGCACAGUACCAAGAAGAAGUUGGCGAGCAUGUCUCGCGCAUUCGCGUUCAACCGCUUGGUCGGGACCGCUUCUAUCGCAAGUACUGGGUGUUCCGGUCUCAGCCAGGUCUGUUUAUUGAGACUGAUUAUUCAAGACUUCAUGAUAUGAUAGACUUGAAAGAAUUUGCUGGUCAGGCUGCUAGCAGUAUUGAUUCCAGCCAAAUCUCACCAGUUAAUACUACAUUGACCAGGCAGGGUCAAGGCACCACUGUUGGUGGUCCUGGAUCCGUGCAGUUGUCUUUAUCCCCGCCAUCAUCAGCAUCAUCAUCGUCUUCAUCAGAUAUUGCUACAGCCCUGGACCACUCAGUGACCACUUCUUCUGGAGCUGGAAACGCCGCCAAUAUGUUACUGCAGUUCCGUAAUGCUGCCGGUGCUCUGACCAAUUCACCGCUGUUCCCCGCCUUAAUGAUCAGCAGCACAAGCAGUGCAAGUGGUAAACAUGAUCUGGAUUAUGGGCUGCUGAGCGAUGCACUGGAUGCUGCGGCCAGCGCCCCGUUUACGUCUUGGACUAUUUAUAAAUCGCCCGCCGACCUAGAUAACAUCAUAGCUGCAUUGAACUUGCGUGGUUUUCGCGAGCGUGCCCUCGCCGAUACUCUGAAGCAGAAGCGCAAUUCAAUAGUCAAGUCCCUUAAGCAGUGCGAUGAGCAAAACCAGGACAGUGCUACUGGCAAGGCCGAGAAAGAGUCCCUGUCUAAUGCAGCCAGUGCUGUAGAGAGCUUUGAGAAGCAACUGCGCGAGUCCAUUUUGUCUCUGGAGGAUCGGCUGUGGAAUGGCUGCAUGGGUUCUGUGGCCGUGGGGGACCGGGCUACCUGGCGUGCUGCUCUCCAGGAGCCCAGCACCAAGACUGAAGGUGUUGGCGCUUCUCCGGACAGUCAGCAAGCUGAUGAGGCCGAGAACAGCACACCUGAAUCAUCUGAGAAACCUGCCUCAGUGCUGAAGCAUGAUCACUGCUAUCCGUCCGAUGUUACUAUUGACGAUGACAACCUUGCUGAUGAUGCCCAGUCAGUGUCUUCAGAAGUCCUUAGUGCCUAUUCAGAUCUUGAUUCUAUCCCUCCCAAUGUCAAGGAGCUAGCAGAUGCUAUCCUGAAAAUUGAGGAAUGCAUCGAUCCUCGAUUUCUCAAGUGUCCGCUGGCGAACACUCACCGCAAAGGUGAGACAAAAGCAGAGCAAACUGCCAACAAUCGUCGCAAAGUGACAGUCCUGCAACUGUGGCGCUCUGCUGUUAGCGCCUCUCAAACUUUGUCGCAGAUUGCUCUGAACCUCCAGGCGCUUGUCUCCAGUAUUCGUUGGGAACGCUCUGUCCUAAAUGCACGCUGCCGCACGUGUCGUCGAAAGACGGAUGCUGAGAACAUGUUACUGUGUGACUACUGCAAUGGCGGCUACCAUCUCUACUGCUUGAAACCACCGCUCAGCAAAGUGCCGGCAGGUGAUUGGUUCUGUGUACACUGCAGGCCAUCGCGGAGCUUGCGUAAAGAUGACAGCAGCGUGGCAAGUUCUGUAGCCAUCUCCAUCGCUCUGCCGACAGAUGCUGCUCCAGCUGUGACAGGGAGCACUGCCAGCUCUGUUCCUGAUGGGGCUGGUACUUCUGCUGGUACUUCGUCUGCUGCUGCUGCUGCUUCGGAUACUGUUGCAACUUCCAAACCUGAAGAGACAUCAGUACCAACUUCAGCUAAUACUGCUGCAGCAUCUUCUACUAGCAGCACAGUCGCAGCUUCUGCGUCUAGCUCAUCAACGGCAUCUUUGAAAUCUGGUACUCGGCAAACAAGUACUUCCUCGACUGGACCGGCAACUGCUGCCGCUUCAACCACAUCACUCUCCUCCAAAGUGCUGGUCAGCGGAGAGAUCGACCGUGACAUCUGUUUCAUCUGCCGUGAUGGCGGAGAGUUGCUUCUGUGUGACACGUGUCCACGCUGCUAUCACUUAUACUGCACGAACCCUCCACUUGCUGUGAUUCCCGAUGGUGACUGGGUAUGUCAGAUCUGCGCCAGUGAGCAGAAGGAGAAGAAGAAGGCUGGCACUGCUGGGAAGCCACCUAGCAGCGCUAGUCCUGUUGCCAAGACACAGUCCAGCAAGCCGACAAGGUCAUCAUCGCGCCGUGAAGCCAAGCCUAAAACUACUCCGACCGCCACUAGAGCCACUAGUAAGAGGUCUUCGGCCAGGAAAUCGGGCAGUGCCGUGUCAGACGCAGAUGCAGAUGACUUCACUGAGUUUCUGGAGGGCGGUGAGAACCGCCGCUCAACCGAGUCUAGGGGAGGAACGUUGGCUAAGCAGCUCAAGUUGUGCGAGACAAUGUGGCGUGAGCUGAAGAACCACGCUGAGGCUGGUUUGUUCUUGGAGCCUGUCUCCGCUGAUCGGGUUCCGGAUUAUCAUGUUAUCAUCAAGCGACCUAUGGACCUUGGCACCAUCAAACAGAACUUGAAGCUAGGGCGUUAUUCUUCAGCCGCUGACUUUAUCACCGAUGUACGCCAGAUCUUCGUCAACUGUGCAGAGUACAACCCAACACGUACUCGAGAAGCACGCUCCGGUGUGAAACUGUCUCUGUUCUUUGAAACUCGAUUAUCGGAGCUGGGCCUAGACCAACUUUCACCUCAAUGAACAGCUCGCUCACCCCGUGUUCAUUUUGCCCAUUGCCUUUUUUGUUGCUGCAGGUGUAGCUGUUUCUUGGCCGCCGCAGUACUGCCACCGCCAGUGGUGCGUGUGCUGUGCUUUUGUGUGCUGUGCUUUUGUGUGCUGUGCUUUUGUGUGCUGUGCUUUUGUGUGCUGUGUGUAUGUGCUGUGCUUUUGUGUGCUGUGCUUGUGUGUGUGUGUGUGUGUGUGUGUGUGUGUGUGUGUGUGUGUAUGUCUGUGUGUCUGUGUCUGUGUGUGUGUGUCUGUCUGUCUGUGUGUUUGUUGGUGUUUAUUUGUGUUGUGUGAGUGUAGGAAUGUGUUUGUGCGAGUGUAUUGUUUCUGUUGUGUGUACAAGCAAGACUAGUGCUCUAGACUGCUGGUGUGCUCAUGCCGCAGUAGCUGCUGCCACGCCCCUGUCUUGUUUUCUGGCGUAUAUUUUUUUCCUACCCACAAACUAACCUCUAGCCCUGUCUGUGUACAUCCUAACCUUUUGCUGACACUGGAAGUGAAAUGGAAUUUUACACCUGAUUUUAUUUAGGCCAACCAAACUGGCCAAAUAAUCCCAUUGCAGCACCAGCUCUCCAUUUGUUUGCUCUUGUUUAUUUUCACCUAGCUAGCUACUUGUGAGCAAAGGAUGCUUUUGUACGUUUCGACUGCUUCCUGUAACUUUUCUCUUUGCUGCUGCUGCUGAUUGCUAAUGGCUUUAGAAUUGGAAGCAGACAAAAUCAUUUUAACAAUUCAAACUGCCUUUCUGUGGUCCUGGCACUUCAGCCCUACCACCUUUCCGUCUAGCACUUCUGAUCUGCUCGUACAUUUCCACUGUAAUUACUGUUAUUAUUUCGUUUCUUGUACUUUGGAAUACGGAAAAAAGCUGA